AUGCUUCCCGCUGGCUCAUCGAUGCGCCCCAGUUCGCAAUCGCAACAAUCUUCGGCGCUGUCGGCCCGCAUUGCAGCCAAAAAGGCUGAGCUAGAGAACUUGCGACAACUACGCGAUCUAAGUGCAACCUUGGCAAUUCAGAUGCAAGCUUUGGAUAAUAAGAUCUCCACACUGAAAGAUGGCACCGAAGCUGUUGCAUGCGUGCUUUCCAACUGGGAUAAUGUUAUUAGGGCCAUCACUCUUGCCUCGAGCAAGGCAGGCGGACUCUAUGAUCCUAAACUAGAUCAGAAUGUGGAGAAACCGCGUAAUCUCCCAUCAACGCUGGUUCGCAUUCCAGCUGAGCCACGUGAGACUGGCGAGUGA